AACUUCAAUCCGGAUGCAGCUGAUUUCAUUCCCAGAGAGAGCGAGACUCCUGAUGUAAAUUGGAGAAGUCUGAGUAGAUUAGAAUCCAAUAGGAAUCAGAACAGAAAUGAUACUCUACCACUUCCUAGUCAAUCUUCUGAUAGAGGCACAGACUAUGAAAGCUCUUCCACAAAGCAACCCAGCUUUUAUAGUCCAGAAAGCCAGUACUGUAGCCAGCAAGAUUUUCUCCAGCAUGGUGGUACCAGUAAACCUCAUAAGAAUCAUAGUUUUCAGAGUCAGCGAUGGCAGAGAUCUAGAAGUGAUAGGACAUAUACUAGAAACCGGAUAAGGCAAUCAUCUACUGAUGGUACAAAAGACAUGACAAUUUUAGAUACCACAUUAGUACCAAGGUGGAGAGUCAAGCCUAAAGAAUACAAUGACUUUUGCUCUUCAGAGAGUGACAAGGAGGUAUCUGGUGCAGAUAAUAGAGGGGCAAAACCAAAGAAAACACACUUGAUGCCUGCACCUGGAAGAGGUCUCAAAGAGAAAGGGAAGCAAUUACAUGAGCGGGAUAAGAGAGUGACAUCUAAACAGAAGGAUGAUAUGUUUAAAAACAUACAAUCUCUGGAUCUGACUCAGUCUGACUCUUCAGAAGCAUCUGUUGCCAAAGCAUUGUUCGAUGGAUAUGCUGGCAAUAGUGAUGAACAAAAAAGAUAUCCAUUUGUGAACAAGAAAUACCCCAGGAAGUCCAUGUGGAGUAAACCCCAGUUUGGUAAAGAAAUCCAGAAAAAACAAGAUACUCACCGCAGUAAAAAUACAAAAGAAGUUAAGAAACCUCCUCUUACUUACGCUCCAAAAGAUAAAAUUAGCGAGAGGAGCAAAGAAUCAGGUGUUCACAACAAUGAUCAAAACUUGACCAGCAUAACACAAGCUCACCAAUUAAGGGAAUCAGUCAAAUGUGGUGGAAGACAGCUUCACCUACAGGUGGGACACACAGCCUCCCUUCACUGCAAUUGGACUCAGUAUUGGAAAAAGCAGAGUGAUGUACCAAGGAACAAGGAAACUCAUACAGGUUCUCUGAUAGAGCAGCUGACCACAGAGAAAUAUGAGUGUAUGGUGUGCUGUGAGGUGAUCCGAACAAUAGCCCCGGUAUGGAGCUGUCAGAAUUGUUAUCAUGUGUUUCAUCUGAACUGCAUUAAGAAGUGGGCAAGAUCACCAGCAUCACAAGCCGAAGAUGGCAAUAGUGGCUGGAGAUGUCCUGCUUGUCAAAAUGCUUCAACACAAGUUCCUACUACUUAUACCUGUUUUUGUGGUAAGGUAAACAACCCUGAAUGGAAUAGAAAUGAAAUUCCACAUAGCUGUGGAGAGCUUUGUAGAAAAAGAAGACCAGGUCAGGACUGUCCCCACUCUUGUAAUAUCCUCUGCCAUCCAGGUCCUUGCCCAUCAUGCCCUGCCUUUAUGACAAAAACAUGUGAAUGUGGGCGAACAAGUCAUUCAGUUCGCUGCGGCCAAUCCACCACAAUUCAUUGUUCUAAUGUAUGUGGGAAUACUUUAAAUUGUGGUAGGCAUAACUGUGCCCAGGUGUGCCAUGUGGGAAAAUGUCAUCCUUGCCAGCUUACAGUACAGCAAGUCUGCUACUGUGGGAGUACCUUUCGAGAUGUAUUGUGUGGAACAAAUGAAGAGUUUUCUGAUGGAUUUGGAAAGUUCUCCUGCCAGAAGACAUGUGACAAAAAAUUAAAUUGUGGAAGGCACAGCUGUAUGCAGAUAUGUCAUCCUGAGCCCUGCCAACUUUGUCCACGACUUCCCCAAGUAGUGCACUCCUGUCCUUGUGGGCAGACUCCUCUUAGCAGAUUACUAAAACUAGGAUGUAUUGAGCGUAAACUGUGCACGGAUCCCAUCCCAUCGUGUGGAAAAACAUGUGGCAAACCUCUACCUUGUGGUAGCCGUGAUUUCAUUCAUACAUGUGAAAAUCUUUGCCAUGAAGGAGAAUGUGGAUCCUGCUCUCGUACAUCAAAUAUUUACUGUAGGUGUGCCUUCAAAACAAAGGAAGUCCCAUGUGCCCUCCUCAAAAAUAAAGCUGAUAUUACAUUUAUGUGUGACAAGCGAUGUAACAAGAAACGGUCAUGUGGACGACACAAGUGUAAUGAAAUUUGCUGUGUGGACAAAGAACAUAAGUGUCCCUUGGUUUGUGGCCGCAAACUCAAUUGUAGCCUUCAUAGAUGUGAAGAACCUUGUCACCGUGGCAACUGUCAAACAUGCUGGCAGACAAGUUUUGAUGAACUAACUUGUUACUGUGGUGAGUCGGUAAUUUAUCCUCCUGUUCCUUGUGGUACUCAGCCACCAGAAUGUAAAAACUCAUGUACCAGACCACAUGAAUGUGAUCAUCCAGUGUACCAUACCUGCCAUAGUGAAGAGAAGUGCCCACCCUGUACAUACCUCACUCAAAAAUGGUGUAUGGGCAAGCAUGAACUGCGGAACAAUAUUCCCUGUCAUCUCACUGACAUCUCUUGUGGUCUUCGCUGCAAUCAAAUGUUAAAAUGUGGAAUGCACAAAUGUAAAAGGAUUUGUCACAAAGGGGUGUGUCUCAUAAAUGAAGAGUGCAAACAGCCAUGUACUAGUCUGAGACUAUACUGUAAUCAUCCCUGUAUGGCUCCGUGCCAUCCAUCUUUACCCUGUCCUACAACUUCUUGCAACACAAAGGUUGAUCUUCAGUGUGAAUGUGGAAGAAGAAAGGAGAGUAUGAUUUGCUCAGAAGCAUCUAGUACAUAUCAAAG